AUGACCACAAAUAUAGAAAAAGAGCCAUUAUUGCUGGUUAGAGAAAGUGAAUCUGUUCCUGAUGACCAAUUUUCAACUAUGACAUGUCCGUCUUUUACAAAUCUCUUUUCUAAUUCAUUCAUGAGGUUACCACAAUUAGCCAAAACGAGUCCAAUAGAUGAUACUGACAGUGAAUUUGAAUCGGAUCAUGACACAGAUUUACCAGAUUUACCAGAUUUACCGUAUGCUACGAAUUCAGUCCUGUUGGGAGUUUCAAAUAUAUCUGCCGGUGAAAAAUUACGUCAAUUGAGAUUAUUGAUGAAGGAACAUGGAAUUGGGGUUUAUAUCAUACCCUCUGAAGAUGAGCACCAAUCGGAGUACACAGCGAAAGCUGACAUGAGAAGGGAGUAUAUUUCUGGAUUUACGGGCAGUGCAGGUUUAUGUGUUGUAACGCUUCAUGAUGAUAAGAAGCUCACCGGAAAAGCGGCUCUAUCUACAGAUGGAAGAUAUUUUUUGCAAGCAGAGAAACAAUUAGAUCUUAACCAUUGGGUUUUACUAAAGCAAGGAAUUGCGUCGUAUCCAUCAUGGAAACAAUUCGCAAUACGAGAGGCUAUUGAAAGCAAGUUUAGUAAUGUUAUUGCCUGUGACCCUAGGCUUAUAAGUGUUUCGAUAGGAGAAUAUUUCGAAAGAAUUAGGGUAUUAGAGUAUCAGAAUAAAUUCAGGUUUAAUUUACUUCUGGAAGUUAAUUUGGUUGAUGAAGUGUGGGGUAAAGAUAAGCCUACGAGGUCUUUGGAUCCAGUGUAUGCUUUACCAUUACAAUAUUCUGGUGAAACUACGGAGAGCAAACUAGACAAAAUACGUAAGAUAUUGCAGUCCCAUAAUAAUACACAUCUCGUUAUAUCUGCGUUGGAUGAAGUUGCAUGGCUAUUCAAUUUAAGGGCAGAUUCUGAUAUUCCCUUUUCACCAGUUUUUUUUAGUUAUGUUAUUAUCACUUUGGAAUCAGUUAUUUUGUAUAUCAACAAGAAAAAGAUUGAUGAUGGAACGGCUGACCUUCAUCUGCACCUAUCCAAUAUCAAAGGCUUAACAAUUAAACCGUAUAAUGAUUUCUAUUCAGAUUUAUCACAGUUGAAAUCAACAAUUUCGCAGAGUGAUUUGCUGAUUGUUUUACCCGAAAAAUCUGCUACAAAUUAUGCAUUAUAUUCCUACAUACCUGAAUCAUUUGCUAAACAAAAUGUUAAAUUCGAAUCGAUAAUUUCCAACCUAAAGAUAAAAAAAAACAAAUCGGAAUUGUUUAAUGCAAAAAUUGCUCAGUUCAAAGAUUCUCUUGCGUUUAUUUUGUUGAUUUCAUGGUUAGAGCAUCAAAUUAUUGACAAAAAUCAUAAAAUAUCUGAAUAUGAUGCAGCAUGCAAGAUCUAUUCAAUUAGAUCAAAGUUUCCAAAUUUUAAAGGUCUAUCAUAUGAAACCAUAUCAUCUUCUGGCGCUAAUGCUGCAAUUAUACACUAUGCACCUACAAAGGAAGAGAAUUCAAUUAUUGAUCCAACGCAAGUAUACUUAUUGGAUUCAGGAGCGCAUUAUUUGGAAGGAACUACAGACAUUACAAGAACUAUCUUAUUUGGAAGUCUUAAAGAUAAGUCCUUGGAAGAAAGAUACAAGAAAUAUUACACUUUGGUUUUGAAAGGUCAUUUGGCAGUUGCAAUGGCAAAAUUUCCACCCAAUUCUAGUAAUACUGGUACUAUAUUGGAUGCGUAUUCCAGGCAACCCCUCUGGAAUGAAGGAUUAGAUUUCAAUCAUGGUACGGGUCAUGGUGUCGGCAGUUUUGGAAAUGUACAUGAAGGUCCUUUAUAUAUCCUGACAACCGCAGGCGGUGCUAAUAGCUCGGAUCUUUUCAAAGAAGGUGGCAUCUUGACAGAUGAACCAGGUUAUUAUGUUGACGGAGAAUGUGGAUUUAGAAUUGAGAGUGAAUUGGAGAUUACAAAUGCUAGUAAAAGAUUUGGUAAAACAAGAAAUGGUGAUAGUUAUUUGUGCUUUGGAUAUUUAACAAAAGUACCAUUCUGCCGAAAAUUAAUUUCCACAAAGUACUUAAACUCUUCGGAAAUUAACUGGAUAAAUGAAUACCAUAAAAGUAUAAGAGAAGACUUUGGUAAAAAAUUGUUGGAAAUUGGUAAAAAACGAGCUUACAAUUGGCUAUGGAAGGAAACAAAGCCUUUAUAG